GUUAACCGAGCAGGAAGUCCAAAGGAGCCGCGGGCCGGCCGAGGUCGACCGCGAAGGACCCGACCCCCCGACGGAUCUUCGCGCUCCGACAAACUCACACGUGCCAGUUGUGCACAAACACCCUGGCUUCCGUGCCGAUAUCCGCGCACACGUGCCGUCCGACCCUCGACCCGACCUUGACGGAGCGCGUCAGGUGGAGCCACGGUCGGGAAGUCUCGAAUUUAUUUUGCCCUCGGCCCCUCUCGGCAAUUCAGCCAUAAGCUCCCUCAUCUGUCGGACGAGCAGAAGUUUGGAAGGAGAUACAAAGUGUGCCAAAAGGUUUCUCGGUGACAACAGAGAGCUCGGUUCUGAUCACACGCAAAGCUGCACUCUCUGGCCAACCGUGGAGGGAGUUACUGACUCCACAUCCUUGGAAGGGGAUGAAUUGAUUCAUAAAAAGGGAAGUACAAGAAAACCUGCUGAGAAGUCUUCCCCAGAGGGACAAGUGAACUUGAUCACCGUGAGAAAAAAGCCUUUAAAAGAGAUUCAUGAUCUCAGUAGAGAACUCUCAACCUCGGCCGAUGCGCCCGCAGAUCGUCUCGUCGCGUCAGAGAGGAAGCGCGUCGCAUUCAUCGCUUUAGAUUUAAAGGACCCGUUCGUCUCCAGGGCCGCGACACCCAUCGCCACAGGCACGCAAUCUGAGCCGAAUCCGAAAACGGCUGAAAAGAUGUCGCACAAAACAAACAAAUCCACCUGGGAGAGCAAAGCACGCUCUAAAAAGGACAAAACGUCUGGUCAUCAUCACGGCGCACAGGCGUGUAAGAAACAGGAGAGUUUCUCUCAUCAGGUCUGCAAACAGCAAGACGCUCAUCCUCUCGCCGGGGACGACCGCGGCGGCGAGAGCGCUCAAGUCGCGCUCGUGAACGAGGAGGCGAAAUUGGCGAUCGAGACCGGCGCGGCAACCGAGAAGGCUCCGGGCAAGCCGCACGGCAAGAAGAAGAAGAAACACGCUCCGAGUGCAACGGGGGUGAAAUGUGCAGCGGAGCCACCGGCGGAGGUGGAGAACGGAGCGAAAGCAAAGACCGCGAGGGGGAGGAUCGACAUGUUUGAGGCCAAGCUGGGCGCCAAGGCUGGGAAAGCUCAAAAGGACAGCGACCAGUCGGAUGAGAGAAAGUCCCAGAAGGCAGAGGGUAAAGCCAAAGAACAACCGCCACAUCGUGCGGAUCAGAAGGACCGCCAACCGAAAAACUUCACCGGUCCUUUGAACGAUGAUAUUAUUAAAAGACGACGGCUGUCGGUGGAUAAGUUUGGGAAGAGUGUCGGCGCAUCAGAGUCUAAACUAUCGAAGCCAGACGUGUGCAUCCACACAAAGGGGGAGGAGCCCAAGGUCGAUGCCACGGCGAGUCGCAGGAAGGCGCACAGUGACGCGGUCAAACUGAAAACCCCAAAGGAAGAGCCCAAGGUGGUGCAGCCGAUCCAGGUGGGCGUGGACAGCGGGGAUCCCCAGAGUCUGCGCCUGUGGUGUCAGUUUGCGGCCGUCUCCUCCCAACACACCGUCACCUGGAGCCGGGGGGGCGCGGUCCUGUCGGAGAGCAAGAGAAGUGCAGGGGAUGAAGGCCGAGUGUCACUGAGCGUCUCCAAGGCUUCUCACAAAGACGUGGGCAAGUACCAGUGUCAGCUCACCAGUUUACAUGGAUCCGUUACCCUGGACUACCUGCUCACAUAUGAAGUUCUCAGUGAGAUUGUUAUCCCUCCUCCGAAGACAAUCGCACCCGCCCCUGUAGAAGUAGGAAGUGAAGAAGAGGACGUCCACUGUUCCAAGCUGAUUUUCAAGGAGGAUUUCCUGUCUCACCAACACUUUGGAGAGAACCAAGCCGCCAGCAUCGUCACUGAGAAGGUGCAUUUCGGGGAGGGGAUGCACCGGCGGGCUUUCCGGACCAAGAUGCAGGCUGGUCAGAUACUGCUGGUACUUCCUGGACACUCCUGUGUGCUCAAAGUACACACUUCGAUCAGCUACGGCACGAAGAGCAGCGAUGAGCUCAUUCAGAGGAACUUCAGCUUGGCUGUGGAGGAGUGCCACGUCCAGAACACAGCAAGAGAGUACAUCAAGGGGUACACCGCCGCGGCCCAGUCCGUCGAGGCCUUCGGAGAGAUCCCAGAGAUCAUUCCCAUCUACUUGGUUCACCGUCCCUCCAACGACAUCCCGUACGCCACGCUGGAGGAGGAGCUGAUCGGAGACUUCGUCAAGUAUUCGGUGAAGGACGGCAAAGAGAUCAACCUGAUGAGAUGCGACUCGGAGGCCGGGCAGAAAUGUUGUGCUUUCCAGCACUGGGUCUAUCAUAAGACCGAGGGCAACCUGCUGGUUACCGACAUGCAAGGAGUGGGAAUGAGGCUUACUGAUGUGGGAAUAGCAACUUGUAAGAAAGGCUACAAGGGAUUCAAAGGAAACUGUGCCGCCUCCUUCAUCGAGCAGUUCAAGGCGCUGCACCAGUGCAACAUGUACUGUGAGUUCCUGGGUCUCAAAUCCUUGCAGCCCAAACCGAAAAAGCUGGCGUCUGCUCCGAAACCCAAACCACAGCCCGCCGCCGCCGCCAAGAAGAAAACAUGCGGGCCGACGGUGAAGGGCAAGUCAUAAAAAGAGAAGAAUCUCGGACUUUGGGGGUUUUAUCGAUAUAUUCAGGCUUCUAGGCGAUUCGCUUCACUCACGUUGAACCUCGUCACGCAGAGUUUGGGCCCGUCGCAGAGGAAAGAGGAAGCUGCCUCGUGGUUUGUUCUGCAGACGACGUGAUGGAGAGCACAGGUGUAUUCGACUCGGUCGUUAGCCAGCGGCUUCAUUUCGGCGUCGCUUCAUUUCAUGUUGAACAUUUGAGAGGUUUAUAUUUUAUUUCAACGAGAUGGUUUCCGUAUAUAUGACCGCGUCUAUUUUCGAGAGGACACUUUAUUUUAAGAUUUUUUGGGGGGGAAAUUGUGACAUAUUUAACAAAGACUUGAAAGCGAUGAUGAUGAUGAUGUCGGUGGUGAGUGUUUGGUUGAACUGUGACGUCUUAGAGAUUACUUUAUUCGUGAGGAUUUUUCUUCACAGAUCAAUUCUUUUUUUUCUACGUCGGUGAUGUUUUCAAACAAUUAGUUCAUUAAAUUAAUGAACGUGUUCAUGAAAUGUCUUUAAAUGAUGUCGUAUGAUAAAACUCCCGCAGGAGAGGACGUGUUCAGUAUGAAGCGGGUCAAACUCGAGGUAUUUGAUUUAAUGUUCCACCAUCAUAACGUUGGUUCAUUUAGUAAAAGCUACUGAUUCAGGAUACGCUCUUAUUUAUAUUCUGGAAACCACAACAAAAGCCAUUUUGUACAUAUAGAGAAUGUAUUCACACAAAGAUGUGAAGAUUUAUUGAUUGAUCAUUUUAUUGUCCAGUGCAAUACUGCUUGUAAAUAUUGAUUUCCAGGAUCUAUAAUGUAAAAGUAAACACAAACCUGACACCCAGAAUCGACUUACAUACGCGUCGCCCAGUAACAUAGCAGCUGUUCAUGGGCCGUUCCAAACGGGCUUUAUAUAAGAAGCAUCUUUGACCCAAAUUGCUGACAUGGCUCUCCGGCUGGUCUUUGUUAUUAAAGAGUUGUUACUGGUUCAAAAUGCAUUCUGAUUUCUUUUCAAUUAAGUUCAAUGAACAUUGAACUUAUAUGACCUCUGACCUACAGGGUUUGAGGGAUGUGUGUGUGUACACGUGCGGCUGGGUUUGAAGGUGUUUGUGUACAUCGUGUCUUAUUGUGAAAUCACAGAUGAACUGUUUACGAGUUGGAAAGAAGAGGAAGAGGAAAGAAACAAGAGAUGGCGACAGCGUUGAAAACAAACGUGUCUAUUUUUAUUCAUCGUGACAGUCGAAGGUCUCCAGCAGCAAAUUAGCACCUCGAACACCAAAGCAAGUGGGUCACACUUCGAGGACGGAGAGCAUGAGCCGUGGAUCAGCACACAUCUAUUUUCAUGGUCCCUCCUGCAUGUUGUGAUGCAUCCUCGAUGUGACGUUAGACGGUCCACAAUGAGGGAGGAAUCUAUUACAAAUAGUUCAAAUCGUCCCUUUUUUCCAUGUGAAAGAGUUUUAUUCUGAUCCGACGUGAGGUCAAAGGUCAGGGAUGUCGUAUGUGUACAGAUUGUAAAGCCCUCUGUGGCAAAUUUGUAAUUUGUGAUAUUGGGCUAUACAAAAUAAACUGAAUUGAAUUGAUGCAAAACAAACAAAAGCAGACGGCCACGCAGACGGCCAGGAUUAUUUUGAGGUCUGUUCCCCACUGUAGCUAUUUAGUGUGAUGAUGGCGUUUGAAACACAAGACACAAACACCAUUGUCACACUCCACAGCUCCGGAGGACAACGUUUACCGGAGGGACCGCAGACGGAGAGACGUCCUCGAUGAGAAGCGGCAGAUGGACGACCUGGUGAAGAAAGGGGGGGAAGGAAGUAGAGCGACACGUGGAAUUAAUGAAGAGCAACGGAGCGGGAGUGAGAACAUAAACGAUGAUGUCACAGCGUACAUGAUGUCGGUGUGUCGGCCUGUGAACAACUCUAACCGGGCUGAAAUCCCACUUUGAGAUAUGAUUUAAUAUCGUCUUUGUAGCACAAAAACACCUCUUUUUUUUUUAGAUUAUAGAAAAUUGUGAAAGUCAAGCUGAGUAAAUACUUAUUCAAAAUGUCCCGAGGCCACGUGUUCUUCACUAAUUGUGGGGAUGACUGCAGCUGUGUGAAUUUAAAGUGUGUGUGUGUGUGUGAGAGAGAGUACAGAAACACCUGUGAUCCACAUUUCUCACUACAUAAUAAUAUAAUAAAUAAAUAUAAUAAAUAUAAAUAUAAAUAAAUAUAAAUACUUAUUCAAAAUGUCCUGAGGCCACGUGUUCUUCACUAAUUGUGGGGAUGACUGCAGCUGUGUGCAUUUAAAGUGUGUGCGUGUGUGUGUGUGUGUGUGUUUGUGUGCGUGAGUGAGAGAGUACAGAAACACCUGUGAUCCACAUUUCUCAUUACAUAAGAAACAUUUUUGUGAAGUUGAAAAAUAGAGUUGGUGAGUCAACACAUAUUUAUUGCUCCUGCCUUUCUGACUCCUGCUGCUAGGUCAAGUUAUAUUGGGAAAACAAGUUAUGUAAAACCUCCUGCAUGUCCUGCUAUGCACAUAACGUGUCCACGCUGAAAAUAAAAUGCGUUGUUAAAUGUGUCAUAGUUCAAACUGGAACUAAUAAAGCUGUGAUAAAAAAAAAAACAUUGUUUAAGAAUUCAGACUUAUUGCAGGACAACGACCGACUCACCUCGAGUCUCUGGAUCCAUUUCAUUCGCCUCCCGCUCCGGAUUCUCACAGCUCCUCGUCCCGUCUGCUCCGUCCUUCUGGCAACAGCUUCUCUUUUUGUC